AUGACCACCGUUGACUCAGAUUCCGACUAUGAAUUAACACUUUCUGCUAAUGCCCUCGCUGCCCUUGAAGAAUUUAACAAAGAGCAACAAAAGCAUCAAGAAGUUUUCCAAAAGCUUUACGACCAAACUGAUGAAGACUUCCAGAAAAAGAAAAAAGAGGAAGGGAUAAACCUUUUCAAGGAAGAUUGGCAACUCUCUCAAUUUUGGUACAGUGACGAGACAGCCGCAAUUUUGGCAGAUGUGCUAUUAGAAGGCGCCGAUGAAAACACUGUCAUUGCAAUCGUUAGUGCUCCAUCCGUUUAUGCUGCUAUUCAGAAGAAACCUAUCGGUGAAAUUCCAACAAAGCAUAUUUAUCUAUAUGAAUAUGAUAAAAGAUUCGAAUUGUUGGCUGGAAAUGAUCACUUCUUUUUCUACGAUUACAAUGAACCACUUGAAUUGAGUGACAAAACUAAAGGCAAAGUCGAUAGACUGUUAAUCGACCCACCCUUUUUGAACGAGGACUGCCAGACAAAGUCCUCCAUCACUGCAAAAUCUUUGUUAGCACCAAAUGAUCAUUCUAAAACUAAAAAUGGAGUCUUCAAGCACCGUCUCAUUAGCUGUACAGGUGAAAGAAUGUCUAACGUUAUAUCCAGGGUUUAUUCAGACACUAAAAUCACGACAUUUAUCCCAGAGCAUUCUAACGGUCUGAGCAAUGAAUUUAGAUGUUACGCAAAUUUUGAAUGUGCCUCUUGGAACUUUGCUGCUCAAGUUUCCUCUCAAUUAUGA